UGGUGGUUAUGGGGUUAUAGUCUAACAUUUGGUCACGCUCCUAGUCAUUUCAUUGGAAAUUUAGAUCAUGCUUUCUUAUUGAAUGUAGGUGAUGACCCACAAAGUUCUCUUACCGCUAGUGUACCUGGAUUAGUUUAUGCUAUUUAUCAAUGUAUGUUUGCUGCUAUCACUCCUGCUCUUGCUAUUGGUUCUGCUGCUGAACGUGGUCGUAUAGUUCCUGCUGCUGUUUUCAUUUUCAUUUGGUCUACUAUUGUUUAUGAUCCAAUUGCUUGUUGGACUUGGAAUAGUGAAGGCUGGGCUGCUAUAUUAGGUACUUUGGAUUUUGCUGGUGGUACUCCUGUACACAUCGCUUCUGGUACUGCUGCUCUGGCUUAUUGUCUUAUAGUUGGUAAACGUCAUGGUCAUGGAACUGAUGAAUUUAAACCUCAUAAUAUCGCUAAUGUUGUUCUUGGUGCUGUAUUCCUUUGGUUUGGUUGGUUUGGUUUUAAUGGUGGUUCAGAAUUGGCUGCUAAUACUCGUGCUGCUACUGCUUGUGUUGUCACUAAUUUGGCCGCUUCUGUUGGUGGUUUAACUUGGGCUUUAAUGGAUUAUAGAUUAGAAAAGAAAAUUUCCGCUCUUGGUUUUUGUUCCGGUGUUGUUGCUGGUUUAGUAGCUAUUACUCCUGGUUCUGGUUAUGUUGAAUGUUGGGCUGGUGCUGUUUAUGGUGUUUUGGCUGGUAUUAUUUGUAAUUUAUCUGUUAAAUUAAAACAUGUUUUUAAUUUUGAUGAUGCGUUAGAUGUAUUUGCUGUACAUGCUGUUGGUGGUUUAAUAGGAAAUAUUCUUACUGGUAUUUUUGCUAGUAGAAAAGUUUUUGCUUUAGAUGGUGCGGAUAGACCUGGUGGUUGGAUAGAUGGAAAUUGGAUUCAAAUGGGUUAUCAACUCGCUAAUUCUGUUGCUGCUAUAGCUUAUAGUUUUGUGAUAACUUAUCUUAUAUUAUGGGUCAUGGAUAAAAUUCCUGGACUUUCACUUCGUGCUGAUAUUGAAUCUGAAACUAAAGGUCUUGAUGAAUCCGAAUUAGGUGAAUUGGCUUAUUACCAUGUUGACAGAUUAGUCACCGUAAAUACCAGAACCGGUGAAACUAAAACUGUUAAAGAAGAAACUAUUCAUCAACAAAAUGAUACCAACGUUUCGAUCGUGUAA